UUCUCUCAGUUUCUUUACAGAGUUCAUUUCGGUCUUCGUUCUGGUAAUCUCUUUUUAUCAGAUCCACAAUGCUAUCCGGUCUAAUACCAGGUCUCAACUCCGUGAAUUGGCCGGAAGACGAAGUUUCCGAUCAGUUUCAGGCGAGUUUGAUAAACCUUCUCGAUCUACCCAAUCAAUUUCUGUCAUCCUUCGUGGAAGCCUACCCUGCAGGGACUAAUGUCAGUCUCUUCACUCACUCCCAGCGACAACAUUGGUCCGAAUUAGGCCUAGUCCUGGAGUGGCGCACACUUGCGCUCUGUGUGUACGUUGGCAUACUAGUCCCCAUGGCUCUACUCGCUUGGUUACAUUACGAGGAGGGAAAGUACGGCGGCGAUUCUGUUGCACCGCUCGCCGAGGAAUCGCCGGAAACUAACGCUGAGGCGGUGAUUUCGGACUCCAUGCAUCUCUUAAGUGAUGCUGUAUUUUCAUUUUCAGCUCUUUUCAAGGCAACUGGAGCUGGUGAGAGUGUCCCCGAAUCAGAUGUGAAUCAUGCAGACGACUUGCAAGUCCAAGAACCAAUGUCGAAUGGCGAGCCAUCAUCAUCAUCAUCCUCAUCCCAAAGCUGCUUCUGCAGAAUCUGCUUAGAAAACAAACAAACUAUCCAGAUGUACAGAAAUCAAAUCUGUUCUCACUCCUUCUGUCACGACUGCACGAGCAAACACAUCGCAGCAAAGAUCCAAGAAAACAUAAAAACAGUUUUAUGCCCCGGGGAAGAUUGCACGGCAGCAUUAGAUUUCGAUGCCUGCAGGCAGAUCAUCCCGAAAGAGGUCAUUGUCCAGUGGGACGAGUUCCUAUGCAAGUCAAUGAUUACCAAGUCCCAGAUAAUUUAUUGUCCUUUCAGGGACUGUUCAGCCAUGUUGGUUAAUGAUUCCGGGGAGAUCAUAGAAGAGACCAACUGUCCUGCCUGCAAGAGAUCAAUCUGUGCACGGUGUCAUGUUCCAUGGCAUGUAGAAUUUACGUGCAAGGAGUUUAUGAGGCUGGGUGGGAAGAAGAGAGGGAAAGAAAAUAUGUUGGUGGAGGAACUUGCUAAGAAGAAGAGCUGGAGGAAGUGCCCAGAGUGUGAAAUUUAUGUGGAGAAGACAGAGGGUUGUUCACAUAUUACUUGUAGGUGUGGACAUGAGUUUUGUUAUAGGUGUGGAUUGAAGUGGGUUAAAUUUCAUAGUGGUUGCAACCUAGCACAGGGACAGGGAUUCAAUUCCCAGCUGCCCCCCCAUCCCCACUCUAUGAACUGGGACCUUUUUUUAUAAAUCCUUAGACUAAUUUUAAUGAUGAUGUUCUAAUGAUGAUUGAUGGAUCAGUACCAUAUACUAGAGAUGCAUGUAGGCUCUCUUUGGAUUGUUGGUAUGUGUUCAGAAUUCGUGCAGAGAAAAAUACUAAGAAAAUAAAGUAUAAUUUAAAUUUAA